AGAGCGUAUAUCAAAGUUCUCCGCGCGCAGGUAACUUUGUCCUGUUUCAGGCGGGAAGAGUUUGCGUCUUGACCUCGAGCUGUUUGUUUGGCUUCCUUCAGCUCGGUAUAGCCUACCUGAAUAUGAGCGAUGGACUGGCUGCACUGUAACUUGUGUUUCCAGCGGGAUGGGCGGAACUUGGCCGUGUCCAGCUGCGGUCACAUCAGCUGUGAAGGCUGUGUGAACCCUGAGCAGUGCAAUAUUUGUGGAGCCAUUUGCAGUUACCUUCCCAUCUCUGACAAGAUGAAACCUCAGGAGAAGGUAUAUUUUAAAGACCCAGUGAAGCUCCUUCAGUCUCGAUUGGAACACAUAGCCCAGAUCGCAGCGUUUCAGCACAGGCAGAAGGACAGGACUCUGGCCUACUUCAAACAGAAGGUCCUGGAUUUGGAGAGGAGGGUGAAGGAGAUCAUGGAGCAGAGCUACAGGGAAUUAUCUGAGUUAAGGCGGGAGAAUUCCGAGCUGAAGAAGCCGUUGUCCCAGAGGAGGGUAUCUCCAGGACAGUUUCAGUCAAGCAGCUCCUACAGGCUGUCACGCCCAGUAGCUGUCACCCCACCAGUUACUCCCCGUCUGCGAAUUUGUAAUGUCAGCCACCCUGGCUCAGGGGAGCCCAUGGAGAGACUCAGAGAUGGUCGUUCACAUGGCCCUGUGACUCCUGGCUCCGCCUUCUCCCUCUCCAGCCUGAGCUCUCUGCAGGACCCCCGCACCCCAACUGGCCAUCUGGGCACACCUCACAGACAAGAGUCUGCGACCCCCAGCUUUUUCCAGUUUGGAUCCAUGUUACGACUGCACUCCCCCACACCAUGGACCCAGUUCGCUGGUAACUAGUGAAAGGGGCCAGCCGAAAAAGAACAGCUCUACACAGAAGACCGGGUCUCACUGAGGCUGCGACGCAAACGUGCCGACGUUACUAGCCAUGCCGUUGUACUUUAGCAUUUCUGUUGAGACAAAUGAGAAAAGUUUUUUUUUUUUUUUUUUUUUUU